UUUCUUCCCCCUCUUUAUCAGGGAUUCGCUGAUUGGUUGAUGCCAUUCUAAUAUCAUGGGCAAAAACAUUCACGUGAUUCACGUCACGGCAGUUAGCACGUGUAGUACGUUAUGAAUUGGAAAAAAAGUAUUUACUCUUUUACAUCAUAACUAUUUCCAAAUUUUUUAUUUAAAUAAAUAAAACAUUUCCUGGAAAGUUGCGUAUCGCUUUUAUUGCUAAAUAUUUAAAUAUAUAAAAUAUAAAUGUUGCACGUGUAUGUAUACAUACAGUGUUUUCUUGUGAUAAAAUUGCGUACAUUAUUGUCAAUUGUUUUCGGAUAAUAAUUGUUAAAGAAAAUGCUGCAAUGCGCAGUUUGCGGUUGCACCGAAUUCUAUAAAGCAUCUGGUUAUUCCUUUUGCUCAACAUGUCAAACGCAAAAUGAGGAUGCCGGAGAAGAGUUAGAGCUGGAACUGCCUAUGGAAAGUAAUACAAGAUUGCGGAGAACAAAAAUCCGUUAUGUGAAACAUAACAAAAUAGAUGAGGAAGUUGGAUGGACAUCAUGGGAGUUGUAUAAUUUUGUCUUAAUUGGUUUGACAAAUGAGCUUAUCGAACUUGGUGUAUCAGCUGACAUAAAAUUAACAGUGUUACAAUUGUGGGCACGAUACCUAGGGAAACUGGAAAUUGCUUUCAUAUCUACAAACAAGAAACUAGUACCAAAACUAGCUAGGAGAUAUAAGAAAAGGGAUGCUGACAUUAUAUAUGGCAAGGUUUUGUCACAAAAGAGAGUUAAGAAACAGAGAAAACUGGAAAGUAAUGUGACAGAUUCUGCGAUUUCUACUUAUUUAAGCGAAGAAACUUCCUUAAAAGAAUUAAAUAGAAAUAAGAAACUUAUGAUCACUGCAGAUUACGAUAGAUUUAUGCAGUCACAAAUGAGUUCAGAAGGAGAUACGCUAAGUACAUUUAACCAAAGUGUAUAUAGUAUGCAGUCUAGUACACACACACAACACACAAGACAAUCUUCUGUAAAUGAAAGAAUAAAAUUUAAUUCUACUGCUAAGAAGGAGACAAGAAAGAUAAAAGAUAUGGCAAAGAAAAUACCAAGACACAAACGCAAAAACUAUAAGCAAAAGCAUAUAACAACUCAAUAUAAAACAGGACCAGAAUUAAUUACACCCAUGAAAUUGUGGGCAAUCUUAUAUUUGGCUCUAAGGAUUCAUGAUCAGAAUAUACAUUUAGGUGACAUGUUAAGAUAUGGUAGAGAAGGACAUUUAUCUUAUUACAAAUUGGAUCGAUUGAUACCCCCUGAAAUAACUUUAACAAAAACUGAUGUAAAUUUCUUAUCACGAGCUGCGGAGAUAACGCAUAAAGGAAUGAGAAGGAUAGUUGGAAGAAUGGCGAAAUUUCUUGGAGUCACGAAACUAAUUUGUCCUGAUUUCUUACCACUUAUCAAUCGAUAUUGCAAUGAAUUGAAUUUACCAAGAGGUAUAUCGUUAUACACGGAAAGAUUAAUAGCUUUAUCCCCACCAGAAAUGAAGUUUGAUAAAAAGUCCUGCAUUCCCAAUUAUGAAGCUCGAGCUAUGGCAUUUAUUAUUGUAAUAUUGAAAACCUUAUUGAAUCUAGAUGGUAUUACAGAAUAUGAAAUCAGUAAUGUUGCUGACAAGAUUAAUAGUGCCAUUAAUGAUGAAGGUAUUAGUGAUACAAAGCUAUUUAGUUUUCGAGAAUGGCAAAAAUAUAUUGAAUGUAGAAAAGCUGUCUUAGCUAAUGCACACUAUCCUACCAAGUUAAAAUAUAGUCCUCAUAUACCAGAUGUAAAUGGUUUAUAUGUCAAAUUUUUGGAGACCAUUGAGUCCAAAAUAGACAGAGAAGAACCUGAAAUAACUACAUAUAAACAUCUAAUACCACGUGAACUUGUUAAUGCAAUGAAACAAUGUAUGACUAAUAUAAAUUAUGCUAAUUUACCAAUAGAUGAGGUAAACGAAUUUCCUCCUUCACUAACGGCACAUCACUCGUAUCUUCAACAAUUAUUAGAACAUCCAUUAUAUGAUCUGCCAAGUAUACUUCGAAAUGAUUUUUUUUCUACAAAAAUUGGAUACAUGACAAAACUAGAAUUCAUCUGCAAAUUGAUUUCGCAUUACAAUAUACAAUUAAAUUUUAUUGAUUCAAAUUUGCAUUUCAUUGAGAAGACCGUACCACUUUUUGAACAAACAAAAAUGGCUAGUAUACAAGAUUUGAAGAAUAAUACAGAAAUACAGGACUUUUUGGAGAAUGAUAUUGAGAAAAAAGAAAAUAUUAUCGAUUAUUUACAUAAAAAAAUGUCUUGUCAUCUUAAAAUCGAUUUAAGGAAAAGAUAUUAUUAUGACAACAUUCGAAAUGCAGUUAUAAAGGAUGACCCAUUAGUAUCAUCAAAUGAAUUUAUAUUUAACGAGACUCUCCCGAAUGGAAAAUUGUCAAUCCCAGACAUCAAUGAUGAAAAUAUGGAAGAGGAAGAUGAUGAUGAAAAUGAUACAUGUUUAAAAAAUGUUGUUCCUGAAGAAACAGCAUUAUUAUUGUCCAAAUUCUGUAAAGAAUACGAUAUAAAUCUUUCAACUAUAGAAAAAAAAGCUAUAUUUAAAGAUUUAAGAAAUAAAACACAAAAGAAGCAACUUUUUAGAAAUGCACAUGGUAAAUUUGUGAAGCAAAGUGAUAUCGACAAUUCAAAUAAAGAUUCUUGUACAGAAGAAUCUGAAAGUAUUUCAAAAGAAACUUUCGAAAUAAAAAAUAUACUACCAAAUAUUUCCGAUAUUUUGAAUGUAAAUACUAACGCAUCUAUUUUUGAUGAUCUCAUGAAAAAUGAAACUGGAUAUGAUGCGUUUAAUCAGUUGGAGAAUAAUUGUAAAGAAUCAGUAAUUGAUGAUACUAUUUUUACAUUAGAUGAAAUUUUUAAUGAUAACAUUCUCCGAUUGUUCAGACCUUUUAAAGAUUAUUGGAUGUACCAUUGCAACUUUAGCCGUGUGAAACCGAAGAAUUUUGAAUUAUUUGAAAAAAUGCUGCCAAGAAGUUUUCGAUGGUUACUAAAUGAAUGUGCAAGCAUCAUUGAAAUGUCAGUGGAAGACCUUUAUGAAGAAGUAUGUCUUGUUGAAGCUUAUUAUGCUCAUUUCUCAGAGCAAUCCGAUGCAUCAAAUGAAAAUGCUGAAAAUAACAACAAAGCUUAUAUUAACGCAAUUUUAAAAAAAUGGUAAAAUGGAAUAAUGAAAAAUAUCAAUUCACCU